AUGAACUUGGCAGACUCAGAACGGAUGGCUGGGACUCUGGAGAGUGUGGGGUAUGUUUGUGCCGAGGAUGCCAGCGAUGCGGAUGUCAUAGUGUACAACACAUGCUCUAUUCGUGAUAAAGCAGAGCAAAAAGUGUACAGCGCCCUAGGGAAGCAGGCAAAGCGGAAGAGGAGCAACAUGGGGGGCUUGAAAAUAGUGCUGGCAGGGUGUGUUGCUGCGCAAGAAGGAGAAACUCUCCUGCGCCGCGUGCCAGAGCUUGAUCUGGUCAUGGGACCACACCAUGCCAACAGGAUUGACCAGCUUCUGGAGCAGGUAGAUCAGGGGAGCCAGGUCAUGGCAGUGGAGCCCAUACAGAUAGCAGAAGACAUUGCUGUGCCUCGGCGAGACAGUGACUUGACAGCCUGGGUGAAUGUCAUCCAUGGGUGCAAUGAAAAGUGCACGUACUGUGUGGUGCCCAACACGAGGGGUGUUGAGCAGAGCCGCGCUCCAGAAGCCAUACGGAGGGAGAUGCUUGCUUUGGGCGAGGCAGGCUACAAGGAGGUGACGUUGCUGGGGCAGAACAUCGAUGCAUACGGCCGUGACCUGCCGGGAUCGGCAGAGGAUGGCUCCGGACGACGCGCGUGGACCUUCACAGACUUGCUGCAGCAUGUCCAUGAUGUGCCGGGCAUUGAGCGCAUCCGAUUUGCCACGUCACACCCCAGGUACUUCACAGAGCGGCUGGUGCGCGCGUGCGCAGAGCUGCCGAAGCUGUGCGAAUUUUUUCACAUCCCAUUUCAGAGCGGCGACAAUGACAUCCUGCGAGAGAUGAAGCGGGGCUACACGCAUGAGCGAUACAGGAGAAUCAUUGAUAACAUCCGGCGGCAUAUGCCGGAUGCAUCUGUGAGCGGGGAUGCCAUUGUGGGCUUCCCCGGAGAGACGGAGGAGCAGUUUGAGAUGACAUGCGCGCUGGUGAGGGAGGUGGGGUUUGACCGGGUGAACACAGCGGCGUACUCGCCGCGGCCCAACACGCCAGCUGCAGAGUGGCCCAACCAGAUUGCCGACCUGGUGAAGAUGGACCGCCUCAACCGCCUCAACCGCAUUGUCAACGAUGUUGCAGAGGAAAGGGCGCAGAGAUUUCUGAACCAUGAUGUCGAGGUUCUGGUGGAGGGGCCAAAUCCCAGGAAGAGCGGCGAGGCUGUGGGUAGGAACAGGCAGAACAAGCUGGUUUUCUUCCCAGGGGAUGGCAAUAGCAUGAAGGGGCAACUGGUCAACGUGCAUGUGGACAUGGUGCAUGCGUAUACCCUGUUUGGCCAUCAGGUCGCCUGA